AUGCAGCCGGUGACCCCGGAGGAGGAGCAGAGUGGCCCGCCGCGGGCGCAGCUGCCGGGCGGGGACGGGCAGGGGGCGGCCGCUGGGAUCCCGCGGCUGCGCGCGCUGGUGGAGAGCCGCGCCUUCAAGAACAUCCUGGUGGACGAGGUGGACAUUCUGCAGGCGCGGGCGGCCACGCUCAUCCAGACGAGCUGGCGGCGCCACCGGCUGCGGGAGAAGCUGCGCUCGCAGGUGCUGACGGCGCGCGCGGUGCACGAGGCCUGGCGGCGGCUGAGCCACAAGAGGCUGCAACGCAGGGCGAGGGCGGGGGCGUCGCCGGACGCGGGGCUCCCUGACCGCGACAUCCCCUACCACGCACCGCGCCUGGUGCGUUUCCGCGCGCCCGACGACGCGCCCGUCCGCAGCACCAGCAACCCCGGGCCGGCUGGGCACCCCGGAAAACCCGGGUUAAUUGGGGCUCCUGUGAACCCCGGGUCUCCUGGACAGCCCGCGAACUCCAGGCCAAUGGGACUCUCUGGAAACUCUGGGCCUCCGGUGGCCCCCGGGAACCCCGAGACAGCUGGGCACCCCAGAAGCCCGGGGUUAACUGGGGCUCCUGUGAACCCCGGGCCUCCUGGACACUCCGCGAAUGCCAGGCCUGCUGGACACCCCGCGGCGAUGCCCCCGUCUCCUGGACACUCUGUGAACCCCGGGUCUCCGGGACAGCCCGCAAACCUCAGGCCAGUGGGACUCUCUGGAAACCCCGUGCCUCUGGAGGCCCCCGGGAACCCCGGGCCAGCUGGGCACCCCGCAAACCUCAGGUUAACUGGGGCUCCCGUGAACCCCGGACCUCCUGGACACCCCACAAACUCCAGGCCUCCCGGACACCCCGCCAACCCCAGGCCAAUGGGACUCUCUGGAAACCCCGAGCCUCCCGCGGCCCCCGGGAACCCCGCGCCCCGCCUCAUGGCGCACAAGGAGACCCAGUGCCCCUCGGAGGACACGCUGCCCCCCGCGUCUGGCCGCCCGUGUCUACUCUCCAGGCUGGUUCGCGGGGUGCCCGCCCCCGCCGAGGGAGACGCCACCAGAAUCCGGACCGGGAACCCCAAGUGCCCGCGCGCCCCCGCCUCAUCGCCCCGCUCGCUUGAAGGACACCGGGCGGCCCCGCAGGCCUGCCCCGCCGGCCCCGCCGCGCCCAGGACCUGCCCACCGCCCGCCGCCUCCAGGACGCCCCCCAGGCAACCCGCCACGCCCCGGGGCGCGCUGCCCACCUGCCUGACCGCGCUGCUCAGCCGCUCGCCACCCGCCUCGCCGCCCGCCCGGCCAGCGCCCGCGCCCGCGCCCGCAACCACCGCCUCCCGCACCGCGCUGCCCGCCUGUCUCGCCUCGCUGCUCAGCCGCGCGCCGGGCGUCCGCGCGCCCGGGGUCCCCGCCGCCGCCUGCACCGCCCCCGCCUGCCCGCGCCCCGCCAGGACCCCCGCGCCCGGGGCGGCCCGGCCCCGGCGGCCCGCCGUCACCGUGACCACGGCGUCGCUCCAGCACACCUGUCGCACCGUGACCCUGACGGCCGCGCCCGCCUCCAGCCCGCCCGCCCGCCUGGCCUCCGCGUUCGGCCGCACGCCCAACCAGCUGCGCUCCAUGGCCGCCGUGCUCCGCGCCCUGUGCGUCCCGGGCCCCGCAGACCCGCUCAAGUCGCAGCCCGCCGGCCCCGCCCGACCUCGCGCCCCGCCGCCCGGCCGCACGCUGCAGCCCCCCGCGGGGCGCCCCAAGUCCAGCGCCCCCGGGAGCGCCGCCAGGCCGCCCGCCGACGCCGAGAGGCCCCGCACCUUGGGACAGAAGGCCACCGCCGCGCCGCCCGCGACUUCGGCAGAAACACCCGUCGGGGCGGCAGUGGCGGCCGUGGCGGGCGUGGCGGCGACCCCGAGUUGCAGCCGCACCCACUCGCCGCACCCGCUGUCCAGCCUGAGCCAGCGGCUGCAGCCGCGCCCCGCCACGCCCAGGGGCCCCUGCGCCACCGCCCCGGAGGACCCGGCACGGCCCCUGCGCGCCCUGACGCCGCCCGCCGUGCGCCCCGCCUGCAGCGUGGAGUCGUGGGGCGACGGCGCGCCCCCCCCGCCGGGCCCCGGCGGCCUGGACGAGCUGGACCUGCGGGCGCUGCUGGCCCGGGUGCUGGCCCCCGCCGUGCUGAGCCGCCCGCGCUCCUGGGCCGAGCUGGGCCGCGCCGUCCAGGGCCGCCUGCUGGACUCGCUGUGCCGCGCGCUGAGCGCCGACGAGCGGGCCGCGCUGGGCCAGGCGCUGUGCCAGGGCGAGCUGGGUGCCGUGCUGGGCCCCGCCGCGCCCCCCGCUCUCGCCCUGCUCGCCGCGCCUCUGGACCUGCAGCUGUUCCGCGGGGGGCCCCUCGCCGCCUUGGGGACCGCCCUGUGUCCCGCCAAGGCGCCCCUCGCUCAGGUCAGCGCGCGUGUCUGCUGGAGGGGCGGGCCCGGGGCCCGGGGGGACGCGGCGCUGCUCCUGGGGUCACCCUGCCGGCCCCCGCCCAGCCUGGGUGUGUCCUUCCCCGGGGGGCCUGGCCUGCACCCCGCGCUCCGCCCUGCCCUGGACCGCUCCCUGCGCCCCUCAUUGCACCUCGUCCUGAACCCCGCCCUGGACCUCGCCGGGUCUGGCCACGGCCACGCCUCCCUGUUUUGCGGUGCGGGGCCGCGUGCCAUGGGGUGGGACCUGGGCCCCCUGCCCGCACCCGUGCACCCCACCGCCUGGCCAUCCCCCACCCCCUGGAAGCCCCUCAUGGCCAACGGCUCGGGGCCCAGUGCCCACCAGCCCCCUGAGCCCCACCGCCCCGCCACCAACACCCACAGGCCGCAGGCGACCGGCAGGGUGACCCGUUCCCCGUGGGCGGGCCGGGGGGCGCUGGGGGGCGGCGCGGGAACCCCCGCAUACCCUUACACCCCAGUGGCAUCCGGAGGCAUACCCUGCAGUUGCCAGGGGCCCUGGCCCAUGGGGGUCUCCUCGGGCGGGGGCUGCUGCUCCUCGGCGCCCAAGAACCCCCAUCGAGUCUCCGUGCGCCCCAAGACCCCGCAGCCCCGCCGUCCUUCUGAGCACAGACGCGCCCCCAGGAAGGGCCCCCCCAGCCCGGCCCAGCACGCCUCCAAAACCAGCCAGGGUCCCCCGCCGCCCCCCGGGCCCCUCUGGACGCUCAACACGCGGGUGGAUCCCAGCCUCCUGCAGGCGCCCCACGCGCGCUGGGUGCCCCCCGCGACCGCGGAUCCCAGGUGCGCACAGCGGGCACCCCGGGAGCGGGAGCGGCGGCGCGGGCGUGGGGGGCGGACCGGCCCCGAGUCUGUGGACAGCACCUCCCAGGCCUCCACGGACUCGGGCCCCGCACGCAGCUCUGGACUCAGCUCGUGCAGCUUGUCCACGGCAUCCGAGGAGGCCUGGGCCGGGGGCCUGCGUGGGGCGCUGCUGGCCGCCCAGGCGCUGGGGGGUACCCUGGGUGGCGAGGACCCCUCGGCCGACUCCCUGGCCUCGCACCUGCUCCCCGUCCUGGCCAAAAGUUCUGAGUCCAACCUUGUUGCCCUGAGUGUCCGCUGGGGCCCGCGGGAGCAGCCGGACAUGAGCCUGGGCCCAGACCACUGGCCCCUGGGCUGGACUCGGGGUGCCCCCCGGGCCCCUUGCAAGGCCUCGGUGCAGAGAAGCUUGUCUCUGAGCAGCCUGAUGCCCUUGGAGCCCCCGAGGCCCCCAGGGACCCCCGGCCUCUGGCAUCCUGGGGUGCAGCCCCUGGCGGCCCCCUUCCAUCUGCCCUUCUCGCCCCUCAAGAUGACCCCGAGCUUCUCAGAGCCCACCAUGUUCAGCGUGGGGUCGCCCACCUCCUGCCAGCUCUCGGGGGCAAGUGGGGGGGUCCCCAGCUUCAGUCCCAGUCAGACGUGGGUGGCCAGUGGGGGGGUCCCCAUGCUGGGGCAACCCCCUGUGAGCUUUGGGGUGACCUCCUGCCUCCCCCAACCACCCAUGACCUUUGGGGUGACUCCAAGCAUGACCCAACUGCCCAUGGCCUUUGAGGUCACCCCUAGCCUUGCCCAGCCCUCUGUGGCCACUGAGGUGACCCCUAUCCAAGCCCAACCAUCUAUGGCCAACACGGGCUCCCCCAGUCUAGUUCAGCCAGCGGCCCCCAUCCAAGCCCCACCAUCUUUGGCCAGCACAGGUAUGCCCAGUCUAGCUCAGCCACCAAUGACUUUUGGGGUGGCCUCCAUGCAUACCCAGUCAUGUAAGACCAGUGUGGUGUCCCCCAGUGUGCCCCACCCACACAUGCUCAGUGGCGUGACCCCCACCCAAGCCCCAUCAUUUAAGACCGAUCUGGUGACUCCCUACCAAAAAAGACCAUCUGUGACAUUUGAGGUGACAUCCAUCCAAGGCCCGUCACCUAAGGUCAACAUGGCAGCACCCACCACAGCUCCCUCAUCUGAGACCAACAUGGCAGCCCCCAUUUCAGUUCCAUCAUCCAAGGUCAACAUGACAGUCCCCAUCCCAGUUCCAUUAUCUGAGAUCAACAUGGAAGCCCCCACCCCAGCUCCAUCAUCUGAGACCAACAUGGCAGUUGCCAUCCCAGCUCCAUCAUCUAAGGUCAACAUGGCAGUCGCCAUCCCAGCUCCAUCAUCUAAGGUCAACAUGGCAGCCCCCAUCCCAGCUCCAUCAUCUAAGGUCAACAUGGCAGCCCCCAUCCCAGCUCCAUCAUCUGAGACCAACAUGGCAGCCCCCAUCCCAGCUCCAUCAUCUAAGGUCAACAUGGCAGUCCCCAUCCCAGCUCCAUCAUCUAAGGUCAACAUGGCAGCUCCCAUCCCAGAUCCAUCAUCUAAGGUCAACAUGGCAGCCCCUAUCCCAGCUCUAUCACCUAAUGUCAACAUGACAGCCCACAUCCCAGUUCCAUUAUCUGAGACCAACAUGGCAGCCCCCACCCCAGCUCCAUCAUCUGAGACCAACAUGGCAGCCCCCAUCCCAGACCCGUGGUCUAAGGUCAACACGGUAGCCCCUAUCCCAUCUCCAUCAUCUAAGGUCAACAUGGCAGCCCCCGUACCAGCUCCAUCAUCUGAGACCAACAUGGCAGCCCCCACCCCAGCUCCAUCAUCCAAGGUCAACAUGGCAGUCCCCAUCCCAGCUCCAUCAUCUAAGGUCAACAUGGCAGUCCCCAUCCCAGCUCCAUCAUCUAAGGUCAACAUGGCAGCCCCCAUCCCAGCUCCAUCAUCUGAGACCAACAUGGCAGCCCCCAUCCCAGCUCUAUCAUCUAAGGUCAACCUGGUGACCCCCAGUCAAGCUCAGUCAGCAGUGACAUAUGGGGUGACCCCCAUCCAGGCCCCAUCCUCUAAGACCAGCAUGCUGACCCCCAGUCUUGUUCAGCCAUCAAGGACCCAUGAGAAGCCCUCAGUUCAUGCCCAGGCAACGGUGCCCCUCAGGGUGACCCCCAGCCCAGCCCAGCACCAAGUCGCCAGCUUUCUGUCCCCUGUGGCCCAUGGCAGGACACCCAGUCUCACCCAGCCCUCGGUGGCCAGUGGGCUGUUCCCUGGCCGGGCCUACCCUCCCCUACCCCCCAGAGUGACCCCCAGCCCCACCCAGAUGCCUGUGCCCAGCGAGGGGACCCCAGCGCCAGCCUGCUCUAUGGUGGCUUCUCAGGUGGCCUCAAGCCUCUUCUCCACCCUGACACUGGGCUCUGUGUCCAGUGGGACCCCUGGGAGGGGACCCAGGGCCUGGCCUGCCCCAGAGCCUCCGGCAACCCUGGGGCCCCCCACGUUCACGGUGGAUGUGUGCUACAGCCGUCCGUGCCUCCCCGCCGUGAGGAGCGUGGCUGGAGAGCUGAGCCAGGCUUCCGUGGGGGUCCCCUCUCGGGUGGCUCCCCCAAGCACAGGGCUCGCCCCAAACCCACAGGCCCCCCACCUCAGCCAGCAGUCCCGAGGGCUAUACCAGCUCUCCGGGGAGAUCGGGAAGCCCCCGGAUGCCAUGGAGAUGCUGGCCCCCGGCUGGCAACGGGCUCAGGGCCCCAGAGACACCCCCCGCCUGCCGUCACCCCCACCCUGCAGGGUGCCUGCCACCCAAGACUCUCCCCAGCCCGAGCCCCAAACCCCACUGCCCUGUGCCGGCAACACCUGGGCCUCGGUGCCCCGGGGACUGAGCCUCAGCACCUCAGAGGUCUCCUUGGCUGGCUCCUCCCCCAGCUGGGAGCCCCCUGACCCCGUGCCCCCCGUGAUCAGGGACAUCAGCCAGAAGCUGUCCUCUGAGUCCGUUAUCCGGGUCAUCACGGGUGUGGCCCGUGGCCUCCCGCCCCCUUACCCGGACCCCGAGAAGGGGGCGGUGCGGGGGGGCAGGGGACAGCCCCCAGGCUCCAGGAGGGCGGCCGGGGUUGUGUCUGCAGCCCCCAUGCCCUGUCCCCCAGUGAGUAGGGGACCCUCCAGGGUCCCCCCACACUCAGUGGUCUCAGCCAUGGUGGCUGACUUGCUGGCAGGGACUCUGAGCCAGAGCCCUUCGCCGGGCUCCCUGCUGGUGGGCAUCACCCCACGCCCCUUUCCAGGGUCCCCCGUAAUGGCCGGGGGGCCCCUGUGCGGCCCACCUGGCUCCCCCCAGGCCCCUGCAUCCAGGGUUCCAUGUUGUGGCUGGGGUGCUCAGGCCCGGGGAAAGCUGGGGUCCCCCGAGGAGCACCCCUGUCUGGAACCCAGUGCUUCUGGGCUGUCAGGGAGUCCCCCUGUCCUGGAAGCCACCCCCUGGGUGUUCCCCAGUCCCCUGGAUGACAGCUCCCCCUUCCCGGCCCACGACUGGCCUCUGCCCCCCCGCCAGGGCCCCUUGCUGGAGGAGUUGGCAUUGCAGCCAGGAGCACCCGGUUCCGCCAGGCGCCCCAGCCUCACCCCUUGGCAGAGUACUCCCCCUGUGUCGGGGGGCCCGGGGGCCCAACCUGGGUCAGGCAAGAGCCCCCCAGCACCCUCGGGCCCUCCACUGCACAGGCAGAAGCUGAUGGUCCCCGCGGGUCCCAGGCCCCCCCGGAUACCCUCCACAUUCUGUCAGGGCCCCGGGGGCCCCUCGGCACCCCAACAUGCCCCAGAGUCCCCCCCGCAUCCCCGGGAUUUCUCAGCCCCCCCCCAGCCAUCGCCCGCCAGACCGCUGAGUCCCGAGAGCCAUGGGCAGAUGCCAGCGUGCCCCCGGGGCCCCCCGUGUCCCAGGCCAGGGUCCCCCUCAGCCCCCCGGGGCUCCCCGCUGCCCACCGCCCGGGCCCCCGAGAGCUGGCAGGAACCCCUGGGCCGCAGGAAGUCCUUCCGCUUCAUGCACGGAGCCUGCCCCCUUCGCCCCCCGGCGACCACCCCGCAGGCCCCCCGCUGCCCCCCUCCGCCCCGGCGGCCCCGGCAGCCGUCCUCGCUGACCCUCGCUGUACCCCAGGAGCCGGCGGCCCCGGAGCUGCAGGAGGAGCUGGUGCUGCAGGCGGCCGUGACCAUCCAGGCGGGCGCGCGCGGCUUCCUGGUGCGCAGGACGGUGCGGGUCUGGCACCAGUGGGCGCUGGUCAUCCAGGCGGCCUGGCGGGGACACCGCGUGCGCAGCGCCCUGGGGCGCCAGGUGCGCGCCGCCGUCACCAUUCAGGCCGGGUGGCGCGGCUUCUCCGCCCGCCGCCUGAGCCCCGCGUCCCCGUCGCCCCCCGCGCCCGUCGCGCACCGCUGCUUCCUGGCCUGUGCGCCCAGCGCCUGCGGCCUGUGCCGCGCGCUGAGCCCCGCGCCCGGGGGCGCCCCCAGCGUGGUGCUGCUCGUGGGCGCCUCGCCCCGCACCUGCCACACCUGCGGCCAGACGCUGCCCACGCGCGUGGUGCAGGGCCGGGGCCGGGGGGGCGCCCCCAGAGCCCCGCGUCCCGCGCACCCCGCGCCGAGCCCGCACGCCGCCGCCACGGUCAUCCAGGCGGCCUGGAGGGGCUUCGCGGCGCGGCGGCAACUGCAGGAGGAGGACGGGGCGGCGCGCAGGCUGCAGGCCACUUGGAGGGGCGCCCGCACCCGCCUGGCGCUGAACACCGAAGCCCUGCUGCAGGCGCGCCCCUGGGACGGGCUGUGGCCCGGGGUGUAGACAAUAAAGCCGUCACGG